CCUUCUCUCUCCGGCUCUGCUAAGUGUCAGCUGCUGGAACUUGUUUGCAAUGCCUGGUCCUUCUCCCUCCCCACCCAGGAUUUCCCAAAUAUCACAUUAAUCUACAGUCUCCAAUGGUUUUAUUCAAUGUAGGAUGGGAGUUCAUCUGAACGGAAGAUAUAUUCUACUAGUGCUUGCUGUGCACAUAGCAUACUUGGUGCAGGCGGUGAGGGCAGCAGGCAAGUGCGAUGCGGUCUUUAAGGGCUUCUCCAACUGUAUGCUUACCAUGGGAAAUAAAAUGGAAACCUAUUCGCAAAGCGUGGACGAAGAGAAAAACCUCAACACCAUUUGCUCAUAUUGGAAUGAAUUCCACGUGUGUGCUGUCACAGUGAUCGCAGAUUGUCAUGAAGGGGCAGCAGACAUGUGGGAGAAACUGAAAAGGGAUUCCAAAAAACUCAACAUUGAAGGCAGCUUGUUCCAAAUGUGCGGUGGAUCUAAUGGCUCCUCCGGCCCCAGAGCCCCCCAUCCAGCCAUCCUGCCUUUACUCCUGCUGUCUCUAUCUGCUCUACUAAACUGGAUCUUCUAGUAAGACCCCAAAGUAUCAGGAAUCCGCUCUCACUCGCGCCACCUGCUGGAUUCUAGAGGAAAUACCUAUCCGUUCUCCGGGGACGUUGUGUUCUCUGUGACGUUUCCCAUUUAGGAUUGUGGAAGAUAUAAAAAAAAAAAAAAAAAAAAAAAAGGUUCAUUUUUAUUUAUUUUUUUGUUUUAUUUAUUUAUUUAUUUUUGCCAAAUGUUAACAAACAGUGAGCAACAACAGCCAAACCGGACCUCAGCUUUACAUCUUCAAAGCAGAAACCAUGAGCCCCUUAUCCUUUGCUAAGAAACUCAGGAAAGGCCCUGGGCCAACCAAUAAUAAUAAUUACAAUAAUAAUAUUAAUAAUAACAAUAACAGGAGAAGAGAUGGAAGUGGGCUCAACCUAUAGUAAACCAUCACCUGCAGAUCAAGCCAAGGGACCUGUCACAUAUGGAAGAUGUUCUGUAGAUGUUCACAUGGUCAAUCACAAUCUAAUGUUCACCAUAUCCCCUCUUCACAAAAAAACAUGUUUUCCUCAUUGCAAUGCAACUAUGUAACCAAGGAAAGACCUAAAACACUGGCAAAGAGAACCCAUGAGUAACAGAAUGAAUGCCAAUGGAUGAAUGGUAUGAUGUAUGGACUGCUGAGGGGAGGAAGCUUUACCUGCUGUUGCCAAGUUCAAAGUUCAAAGUUCACUGCCUUUCUUUCUUUCUUUUCCUUGGUUUAGGUGUAAACACAUAUUACUUAAGUAUCCGACAGUGUAAACCACAAAUGGGGGAGGUAAAUGUAUAAUCGUACAAAAUAGUUAUUAUAUAAAAGAAAGAAGAAAAAAAAAUCUAUUUAAGAGAUUUUGACAGAAAAACUAAAGAGAGAGCCUUGAUUUUAACAGAAAUAAAUGUAAUUUAACAGAAAGUUUAUUAUAAAGUCAAAUCAGCAAAAACAUAUUUGCUACAAAGUAUAGUACGAGAUAUGAAAUAAAAUUAUUGUUUCAAAA